AUGGCCGUUUGUUGCCGUCGAAACAGUGCCCAACAAGGUCCUUCGCGACUGCGAGCCUUUGCUGAAUCAAGGCAUCGAAAUUUGCAAUCUGCUUUGCAGGAUGAGGCGCGAAGCCUCUUUCAGGCAGCACAGCCGGGCCAAGCCGCUGCCAGCGCCUCCGCCGUGGACCCGCAAUGUCUCAAGGACUUCAACCGUUGUACCUUCCAGAUUGGUGCGGACAUCUACGGCCCGGGUGAGGCACGCGACGACCUCGAGCAGGCUCGGGAGCGCUUUGCAGAGCGACUUUGUGAAGAAUGCUCUCCUUGCUCUGCUGCUGCACUUCGAGUCAUUUCUGCCUUAUGCUCGCAGCUCUCAAUGGCACACUUGUCAGCAGUUAGCUUCUCUGGUCCACAUUCGUAUGCUCUUCCAGGAGGUUGUACCAAAGCACGCAUCCAUGUGGAGAGAAAGCAGAAGGACGUAGUGCUGAGAAUCGAGCGCUCUGCCUCUGGAUUUGAAUCUUUCUCUCUACCAGAAGAUGGGGAGGUGCGCCCUUGCCACAAAAGCUCCUUCAUCCACGAGUCGGCUGAAAUUAGGCUGCUAUGCGUGGAAGAAGGUGUUAAUGUCCACCUACUCGACGUCCGAGAGGCCAUGACUCUGUGCUUUCCGGAUACCAGAGUGGUGGUUCAUGACGGAUUGCCACUGAACUUCUCCUCUCCACCUGCUGGUUUGAAACUUUCGGCCGGCGACCUUUGGAGCGGUUUCUUGCGGCGGCUUCUGUCCAUCUCACAAAUGAAGUCCAAGAGCGCUUGA